GAGAGCGUGUGCGCACGCUUGUCAGUCACUUGACAAUAUCGCGAGUAGAAGGACAACCAACGCGUCUGUGUGUAUUUCGUCUACCGUUUAAUACAGCCGUGUGUAGUGGGACAAAGGAUAUUCUUGCUAAUGAACGCACUCCAGUGGUUCGGAAAGACAAGUUCGGUUUACGUGGAGAUUGCCCUACGAAAGAAGACAGCAAUAUAAGAAGUUGAAGUAUCCUACAUGCUCUAGAACCGUGUGUAUUUCUUUCGGGCUGUGUGUAGUCUAAUAAUUUGUGAGCGCCGUGUGUACGCUAUGGGUGCGUUGGACUGUGUUAACGUAAGCAGGAUAACGCCGACGGAAAGCACCGAAGUGUUUGCAGUAAAUGGUUCUGAAACAUCAUUGGAUAAGGCGAGACGUGGCGAUAUUGAGUCGCAACUGCUGCACAGCCAGGCGAGCGGUAAGCGGCAUAGUAUCUGGUGGACUCUUGGAAUAGACCUGCCCUUGUUACUAUUAGUAAUGAUAAUUCUUGCACUACAAGAGCUGGGUAUGUUCCCGCAGCAUAAAAGCGGUUUCUUCUGCAACGAUCCCGCCCUCAGCUACACGUUCACAGGCGACACCGUAUCUGCGACCGUUAUUAUGACAUCUGUCUUCAUCUCUCCAUUUAUACUGAUAUGGGUAACAGAGCUAAUAUUGUUAGACUCGCAGCUAACAAUAUGUCAGAAGAUGAAACAUUCAGUUAAGCAGACACUCUUGAUGUAUCGUAACUACGGUUAUGGCUUGGUCUUUAAUAUCGUAGUAGUUGAGGUCAUGAAAGGUAUCACAGGGAAUCCUAGACCGACCUUCUUUGAUAUAUGCGAGCCUGAUACCGCCAAGACUUGUAAUGGGUCAGAAUACGUGAGCACAUUUGAGUGUACAUCAACCAGGUACUCCGCGUGGUAUCAGAUGGACUCCUACCACAGCUUCCCCUCGGGACACACCUCGCUUUCCAUCUACUGCGGACUGUUCAUGGCGUGGUAUUUACAACAACGUGCGUUCGACUGGCGUCACCGCAGCGUUUUGGCAGUGCCUGUGCUGCAACUGAUGUGCCUCACCUACGCCGCCGUCUGCUCGCUCACCAGGAUCACUGACCGAAGACAUCAUUGGUGGGAUGUGCUCACCGGCGCUGUUAUUGGAGUUAUAUGUGUCUUCUACACUGUACUCGUCCUUUGCAAAAACUUUUCUGAUUUAAAAGAACAGAAAAUAGAGAAAAGAAUUGUAACUCCUGUACAGUCUAACAGAACUUCGAUAUACGACACCAGGCUGCAGGGACCUCUCACUUAAAUAAUUUUAACUUAGAUUAUUUAAAGAUAACUUGGAACUUAGAAUCAAUUACUAUUUGUAAUUAAUAUUUAUGUGGAAAUGCAAUACAAUUUAAUGAUCACAAGACAUGUGUAUGUAACAAUUAAAUGCCUCGUU